AUGUCGCUUCUCCUUCCUCUUCACCCUCGCAUAACUAUAGAGCCCACGGGUGGGUGGCUUGGUUAUGCACUCAAACGGCGCCUCGAAAAUGAGGGAGACUCGUCAGCAAGACCUCUAGAGCCAAGCGAGCUUCUACCUACUCUACAUGAUGGCGCCACCCUGUGGUUUGGGCCGUCGUAUCCUCUCACUGGUCCGGCUUGGGGGCUGUUGGCCGCGCAUCACAUUCUUGGCGAUGUAGGUUGGGCAGACUGGACAUUCCUGCCUGCCGGCCAAGGGAGGUAA